AUGCGCACGUGUACGCAGAACUACGUCAGAACAAUCGUGCUAAAGCGAAGGUCAUCGCAUUUAUCUGAGGAUUCAUUCAAGUUGUAUGGGAACAGAAAAACAUAUUUUUGUCAGAAGCUCGGGGCCUUAUAUCAUUUUUGCGAAGCUAAAAACUUGCUCGAAAGCUCGAAGAUUCUGGAAGGGGAUUACGAGGCGAGAUUUCAAACGAUUCUUGACGAGCAUGAAGUUAAAUUUCCCCUCCCAAUGAGUCAGAUUCAUUAUAAGAAUGUUGAGCGGUUAAAAUUCCUGAAAUCAAAUGGAGUUCUCUUUGUUGAUAUUCCUUUUCACGAGGAUGAAAAUUUUCUACGCGACGAAAAUGUCCACGCUGUCAAAAUAUACGACUCUCCUGACAACUUUUCAUAUGUACCGAGCACGGGAAAUCACAAUUAUGCCGGUUUAUUUUCAUGGCGCGAGUUUGACCGUGUGAUCGUUGUUGAAGACGAGUGGGAUGCCCUUUGUUUGGAACCUACUGCUGCGAGAAUUCAAAAAGGCGUGCUGCCCAUUUCUGGCGCGGAAAACUCUUCACUCUUCAAAAGAACAAUUCUGGAGAUGAAAAAGGAAAUUAUAAUCUGGCCAGGCCAGCUUGUUGCUAAAUACCCAGAUAUCUUUGAGGAUCUUGAUGACUCAAAAAUAACGACCGUUAGCUCGUCAAUUCCACGACCAAAGCAUCAUCGAUCCACGCUUACUCUUUUAAAUGUUCUGAUCAGAGAAACUGGCGAUGUAGUCAACCUUGGAGCGAAUAUGGCCCGAUCUUUUGUUCAAAGUCAAACUGCAGCGGAAUCGAUAAAAUUUACCCGGUUCUCGAUGCUCAACGAAAAUCUCGGUGGCCUGCGGAAAGGAGAAUUGACACUCUUCUCGGGUCACACAGGAAAGGGAAAAACAACAUUUCUCUCAGAAUAUUCGAUAGACUUGGCUCUCAAUGGAGCAAAAACGCUUUGGUGCUCGUUUGAAAUGAAACUAGAGGCGCUGCAAAAUAUGCAGGCUAUGCAACUCUGCCAGAAAUCUUCCGAAGACUGCCAAAUUGAAUACGAAUUCGUUCAGGAAAAACUUGGAAAUCUUGGAAUUCUAGCGUUGAAUUCCGAGCCAGGCUCGAUGGAUCCUAAUGAGCUUGUUGAUAAGCUGAAAGAACUGAUAGAGAAUCAUAGAAUCGAUCAUAUAAUUAUCGAUAAUAUGCAGUUUCUGAUAUUUGGAACGAGCUCGGACGAUGCUUACAUGAGCCAAGAUAACACGAUAAGAAUGCUGCGUGAAUUAGCUACAUUUACCGAUGUUCACGUAACAGUAAUCUGUCACCCGCGAAAAACAAGCAAUGUCAGCAAGAAAGAUGGGUACUCAUUUUUGACGGAAUAUGACCUCUCUGGGAGAGCGAGAUCAGUCCAGGAAGCCGAUAAUGUAAUCAUACUUCAAACAUCACAGGAUAUCGAAACCGGGGUCCGGAAAGAUUGGAUACAGAUUCACAAAUGUCGACAUGGAGAAAUCGGAAAAUUCGGCCUCAAAUACAACCGUGAUACAAAAACUUAUCUUCAAGAAAGCGACUGGCCAUAUAUUUUCGAUUAUUCUGAUGGCUACGAUGACUUUAUAACUAGCGAGAGCAGAGAAAUGACAAAUACUGUAGAUUUCUGCCUGCCAGAUAGAAGAGUGGAUAGAUUGAAAGACUUUCUCGAUGAGGAAUCUGUGGAUCUGUUUCUUGAAGAAAAUGAUACUUUAUCCGACUAA